UUUGAUCAUAUAUGUAUCUUUCUAUAACAACACCAAAUUUUCAUAUAUUUUUUCCAUACCAUAUAUAGUUAAGCCAACUAGUUUAAAUUAAGGUGCUCUUUUAUCCUACCAAUAAAUGGAGAAUCAGUCGAUGCCCUUUCUUGGUUCAACAAGCUGUGUUCGAACCAUUUCUUCUGACUCCUUUUCAAAUUCGAUAAAUAUUGGUUAUAACUCUAUGAAUGGAUGGACCUCGGGAUUAAAGACCGAGAUUUCUAAUUCUACAGCAAGAGAGCAAAACAUAACCAACAUCAAAAACAGCCUUAUGGGAGUGGUUUCAUCAGAAAUUCAUACUACCAAUAUUAUAUCAUCCCUUAAGAAAAAGGGGGAUAAGAAAAUUAAGAAGCCUAGAUUUGCUUUCCAAACAAGAAGCCAAGUUGAUAUUCUUGAUGAUGGAUAUCGCUGGAGAAAAUAUGGACAAAAAGCUGUCAAGAACAACAACUACCCAAGAAGCUACUACAAAUGUACACAUCAAGGAUGCAAUGUGAAGAAGCAAGUACAACGCCUUUCCAAAGAUGAAGGAGUUGUGGUCACCACUUAUGAAGGCAUGCACACUCAUCCUAUUGACAAGCCCACAGACAAUUUUGAACAAAUCCUCCAUCAGAUGCAUAUUAUUCCUCCCCAUUAAUUAUUCCUAUUUUAAUGCUUCCAAAUAAAUUAAAGGGGUCAUAUAUAAUCUGACGAGGCAGCCAAAAACAAGAGAUAAAUGCUGCUUGAAGAUCAUUAGAGUUGUAAGUGCAUCAAACAAAUGUAUAGUACUAUUUACUAUUGAUUAAAACAUAUGAGUUCUGGAGAUAUAAUUUUCCUAGUCGUUACUACACAUUAUUUCACGAAUAAUGCAUGGUUGCUGUGAAAAGAUUCUUUUUUAUUUGAUAUUCUCUUUUUGACUUUGGA